AUGGCCGCUCAGGUCGCCAGCGCCGCCGCUCUCAACACCAGUCCGCCUUCCGAGCUCAAAAAACCGGACCGGGACCCGCAGGAGGAGCCGGUACCGGGGGAGAAGCAGCAAGAAAAUAAGGAAGCGGGAGUCGAAAGCGGAUCUCCGGGUCAGAAGGACCUGCAGGACGGGGCCGACGCUGGGAAUGCGGGGGGAGGAGGAGAUCCUGAGAUGAAGAACGGCAACGGGAAUCCGUCCAGGGUCAAUAAUAAUAAUAACCAGAAUGAUUCGGGGGCAAGCGAAGGGAACAGCCACCCCGGGAUGGCGCACCAGCACCCGGCGGCGUUCCCGCCGCCUUCCUACGGUUACAGUCAGCACUACGGCCGGGUCGCUUUUCAUCAACAUGGCGGACAACAAAGCCCUGGCAUGGCAGCGGCGGCAGGCUCGGCCGUGCAGCCGGGCGGCACCAUGGACUCGUACCAGCCCAACUCGCACGAGCAUGCCUUUCCCAACCACCAGUUCAAUAACUACAGCCCGUUCCCGAACCGGACCCCGUACCCGGGCCUGGGAUACGCCAUGAACUCCCCCCGCCACAGCCAGCCUCCGGCGGCCGGGGGGCAGCCGGGCAAGCAGCAGCAGCCCGCGGGGGGAACCACGGCCAUGGCCGCUUCCUACAGCUCUCAGCGGUACAACAUGGGCAACACGGCCACGCCGACCCUCAACCAGCUGCUCACAUCGCCCAGCUCCACCCGGGGCUACCAGAACUACCCCGGUGGCGACUACGGCGCGCAGGAAGGGGCGAGCAAGGCGCCGGGAGAAAUGGGGAGCGGUGGCCAGUACGGCGGUGCUGGCGGGGGCCACCAGGGCUGGCAACAAAGGAGCCAUCACCCUCCGGCCGUGAGCCCGGGGAGCAGCGGGCCGCCGCUGCCCAGGAACCAGCCCUCAAGCCCAAUGGACCAGAUGGGGAAGAUGCGGGCCCAGCCCUAUGGAGGUGCAAACCCUUACUCUCAGCAGCAGCAGGGGCCACCUCCAGGUGCCCAGCAGGGUGGCUCCUAUCCCUCGCAGGGCUACGGCCCACCACCCACCCAGAGAUACCCCAUGGGCAUGCAGGGCCGCACCCCAGGGGCCAUGGGUGGCAUGCAGUAUGGGCAACAGAUGGGAGCCUACGGGCAGCAGGGCCCAGGGAGCUACGGACAGCCGAGUCAGGGUCCCUACUACGGCCAGCAGGCCCAGCCACAAUCGCCGUACCCCCAGCCGCCACAGGGCCAGCCCAGUGGCCAGGGGUCUUACUCCCAACAGUCCCACCCCUCCCAACCCCCAGCUUCACACAGCCAAGGUGUUCCCACUUAUCCACCCCAACAUCAGGCUCCCCAGUCCCAGGGCCCACCAUAUCCCCAGCAACAGGUUCCCCCUGGCCAGCCACCAACCCAGGCAGGUCCCCAGGGUCCUCAGGCUCAGCCUGGCUACGCCCAGGGCCAGGGGGGCCCACCUCAGCAGCAGCAGCAGCAGCAGCAGCAGCAGCAGCAAUCGUCACAAGCCCAACAGCAGCAGCAGCAGCAACCACCUUCUCAGCCUCCUGCUUCAACCCAGGCCCAACAGCCCCCAGGACAUGGCCCACCUGCCCAAGGCCCACCUCUGCCAUACUCCCAGACUCCUCCACAGUCACAGCAGCAAUCCCCAUACCAGCGCUUCCCUCCUCCUGCUCAGGAGCAGUCUCAAGACUCCUUCAGCUCCCAGUCCAGUGCUCCUCCUUCCAACCAGCCAGUAGCUUCCACCAAGAGCUCCUCUGAGGAUGUCUCCAUACAAGGCCGGCCCUCCAGCCUCCCGGACCUGUCAGGCUCCAUUGAUGACCUGCCCACUGGCACUGAGGGAGCCUUGAGCCCUGGUGUCAGCACCUCGGGGGUCUCCAGCAGCCAGGGCGAGCAGAGCAACCCAGCACAGUCACCUUUCUCCCCCCACACAUCACCCCACCUGCCGGGCAUCCGCGGGCCAUCGCCCUCUCCCGUAGGGUCCCCGGCUAGUGUCUCCCAGCCGCGCUCGGGCCCAUUGUCUCCUGCUGGCGUUCCAGGGAACCAGAUGCCUCCGAGACCACCAAGCGUGCAGUCUGACGGGAUCCUUCACCCUUCCAUGAAUCAGUCAGCGAUGGGUCAAGACAGAGGCUUUAUGCAGAGGAACCCUCAAAUGCCUCCUUAUGGGUCUCCCCAGCCUGGGUCUGCCUUAUCUCCACGCCAGUCAUCAGGAGGCCAGAUACACGCUGGGAUGGGACCAUAUCAACAGAAUAACACCAUGGGCAACUAUGGUCCUCAGGGCGGGCAGUACGGUCCGCAAGGUUAUCCAAGACAGCCUGGCUACAGUGGCAUGCCCAACGCUAACUACCCUGCACCAGGUAUGGGGGGUUCCAUGAACCCUAUGCCUGGUCAGGGAGGAGGGCCACCCUAUUCGGGCAUGCCUCCAGGAAGGAUGGGCCCCGGGCAGAUGGGUGCCCGGCCCUAUGCCCCCAACAUGGGGCCAAACAUGGGCCCCAACAUGGGACCGAAUAUGGGGCCUAACAUGGGCCCAAACAUGGGGCCAAAUAUGGGCAACAUGCCUCCACAAGUGGGGUCUGGGAUGUGCCCUCCACCUGGCAGCCUCAACAGGAAGGCCCAAGAGGCAGCAGCUGUAGCCAUGCAGCAUCAGGCCCCGAACUCCAUACAUAACAGGCCACCUGGCUACCCCAACAUGUCUCCGGGCAUGAUGGGUACAGGUUCCCCAUACGCACCCUCUAUGAACAGCAUGGCAGGCAUGAUGAAUGCCCAGGGCAGCCCCUAUCCCAUGGGGGGUAAUAUGGCUAACAACGCUGUUGGAAUAGCUCCCAGUCCAGACUUUGGCCUCGAUGUGAAAUUGAACCAGACGCAGAAGAUGAACAACAAAGCAGAUGGAACUCCGAAGCCGGAGAACAAGUCCAAGAAGUCAAGCUCCUCCACAACUACCAAUGAGAAGAUCACAAAGUUGUAUGAACUGGGCCCAGAGCCAGAACGAAAGAUGUGGGUGGACCGGUACCUGGCCUUCAUUGAGGAGAAAUCCAUGGGCAUGAGCAACCUGCCUGCUGUGGGACGGAAGCCGCUAGACCUUUUCCGCCUCUAUAUCUCCGUCAAGGAGAUUGGUGGACUCACGCAGGUGAACAAGAAUAAGAAAUGGCGCGAACUGGCGACCAACCUCAACGUGGGUACAUCGAGCAGCGCAGCCAGCUCUUUGAAGAAGCAGUACAUCCAGUGUCUGUAUGCCUUUGAAUGCAAGGUGGAGCGUGGCGAGGACCCGCCUCCAGACAUAUUCACUACUGACACCAAGAAGGGUCAGGCCAAGAUCCAGCCCCCUUCUCCAGCCGGGUCUGGAUCUUUGCAGGGCCCCCAGACCCCCCAGUCCACAAGCAGCUCCAUGGCUGAGGGCGGAGAUUUGAAACCCCCAACUCCAGCUUCCACCCCCCACAGUCAGAUGCCCCCCAUGCCUGGGGUCAGGAGCAAUGUGGUGAGCCUGCAGGACCCGUUUGCUGAUGGUAAUGAUCCCUCCUUCCCCCGUCGAACUUCCAUGACCCCCAACCCAGGGUACCAGCCUGGCAUGGGCAACCCAGAUAUGAUGAGCCGCAUGGGUCCUUACGAGCCCAACAAAGACCCGUUUGGUGCCAUGCGCAAGGUUGGAGAGCAGUUCAUGCCCCCAGGACAGGGCCCUGCUGGUGGCAUGGGUGAGCAGUACAGCCGGGGCCCUCCAGGAGCCAUGGGUAGCAUGCCGAUGGGCCAGAGGCAACAGUACCCCUAUGGGCCUGGGUACGACAGGAGGCAGGAGCCAGGAAUGGGUCCAGAAGGUGCUAUGGGCCCAUCUGCACCUCAGCCCAAUCUGAUGCCCCCCAGCACCGAUGCUGGGAUGUACUCACCUAACCGCUACCCUCCACAGCAGCAGCGACAUGAUUCCUAUGGAAAUCAGUACCCUGGUCAAGGAGCGCCCCCUGGUGGCCCCUAUCCCAACCAGCAGCCAGGAAUGUACCCUCAACAGCAGCCGAACUACAAGAGGCCUGUGGAUGGCGGCUAUGGCCCCCCAGCAAAGCGCCAUGAGGGGGACAUGUACAACGUACCCUUUAGUGGUCAGCAGCAGCCAGCACCCCCUUCAUCUGCCCCUGCCUCCCAGCAGGACAUGUACAGCCCAUACAGCAAUGCCUAUCCUGGAUCAGACCGCCGGCCCCCUGGACCCCAGAACCAGUUCCCCUUUUCCUUCGGGAGGGACAGGGUGCCAGCUCCAGCAGGGCCAAACUCCCAAUCCUCCAUGACUCCCCAGAUGAUGAGCAGUCCCAUGCAGUCGACCCCCGAGGGUCCUCAGGGUGGUAUGUGGCAGGGCCGGGGUGAGAUGGGUUACACUGGCUUCCUAAACCGACAGGGCCCAGGUGUCCCCACGCAGGGCCCUGGAUACCCUGGUAUGAACCGCUCUGAGGAGAUGAUGCCCUCUGACCAACGCAUGAACCACGAGGGCCAGUGGCCGGGACAUGUGGGUACUCGCCAGCCCCACUAUGGGCCCUCCGGUGUGGGGCCUCCCAUGACUCGACCCAUGCAGCCCAACUACCAACAGCCCCAGACCCAGUCCAUGCAGAACCACAUUCCACAGGUGUCUAGCCCCGCUCCUGUGCCCCGGCCCAUGGAGAGCCGCACAUCGCCAAGCAAAUCUCCCUACCCCCACACUGGCAUCAAGAUGCAGAAGGCUGGACCCCCAGUUCCAGCAUCGCAUGUCACGCAGCCCCCCAUGCAGCCUCCAUUGAUUCGACGGGACAUCAGCUUCCCCCCAGGCUCUGUGGAGGCCACACAGCCCAUUCUGAAGCCACGCCGGCGGCUCACCAUGAAAGAUAUUGGGACCCCUGAGGCCUGGCGAGUAAUGAUGUCGCUGAAGUCGGGUUUGUUGGCUGAGAGCACUUGGGCCCUGGACACCAUUAAUAUUUUACUGUAUGAUGACAACAGCAUUUCCACCUUCAAUCUCUGCCAGCUGCCUGGUUUCUUGGAGCUCGUGGUGGAGUACUUCCGACGUUGCCUCAUCGAGAUCUUUGGGAUUCUAAAAGAGUACGAGGUUGGUGACCCGGGUCAGAGGACCCUGCUGGACCCCAAUGCCCUUGACCAUGACCGGGACUGCUCCGACGAGGAGGAACCGGAGGCUGAGGCCCUGGAGGAGGAGGAGGGUGAGGAAGAGGGUGAAGAAGAUGAGCAACCUACAGCUGCACCUUCAGCUCUGUUCAAGGAAGAUGGCGAUCGGGCACAGGGUGAGAAGAUGGAGAUGGAGGGGGAGGAAGGCCAGAAUUCAGCCUCUCAGGAACCUGCCGGUCCCCAAGAGAAACCAAAGCAGGCCAGCAAGUUUGAUAAGCUGCCCAUCAAGGUGGUGCGCAAGAAGGACCCCUUUGUGUUGGGCUACUCGAGCAAGCUGGGCCGCCUGCAGGAGUUUGACAGUGGCCUGCUGCAUUGGAGCGUUGGGGGCGGUGAUAGCACCGAGCACAUCCAGACCCACUUUGAGAGCAAGACUGACCUCUUACAGGUCAACAGGCAGGUGUCUGCUCCACCCCAGGCCCACAGAGCUGCACCGGCUGCCCCAAAAGUGGAGGAAAAGAACGCCCUGCAGGUAGAGGAGCCGAGCGCUGUGCCCACUGGCAGUGGCUCCAGCGACGCGCCGUCCUCUCGGCCUGGUUUGGCAGAGGCGGCAGAGGAGGAGGUGACGGCGCCUGAAAAUCACCAGGAUGGCGGGAGCCUUCCGUUAAGCAGUAGAUCGUCUUGGCAGGGCUCCAGCAACACCAAGAUACUAGAGGACGAGCCACACAGCAAAGAUGAGGCACCUCUCUGCACUCUGACCGACUGGCAGGAUGCACUGGCCCGCCGCUGCAUCUGUGUGUCCAAUAUUGUGCGAAGCCUCUCCUUCGUGCCUGGCAACGACCUGGAGAUGUCCCGGCACCCGGGCCUGCUGCUCAUGCUGGGUCGCCUCAUUUUGCUGCACCACCGACACCCCGAGCGCAGGCAGGCACCCCUCACCUACGAGAAAGAUGAGGAGGGGGAUGAAGGUGUGCGUUGCCAGAAGGACGAGUGGUGGUGGGACUGCCUGGAAUUGCUGCGUGAGAACUGCCUGGUGACACUGGCAAACAUCUCGGGUCAGCUUGACCUCUCCGUGUACCCUGAGAGCAUCUGCCUGCCCCUGCUGGACGGCCUGCUCCACUGGGCAGUAUGCCCCUCGGCCGAGGCCCAGGAUCCCUUCCCUUCACUGGGCCUCAAUGGAUCUCUGUCCCCCCAGAGACUGGUCCUUGAGACCCUCAGCAAGCUCAGUAUCCAGGACAACAACGUCGACCUCAUUCUGGCCACGCCGCCGUUCAGCCGGUUGGAGAAGCUGUAUGGCUGCCUGGUGCGGCUGGUGGGUGACCGCAAGGUGCCCGUGUGCCGUGAGAUGGCGGUGGUGUUGCUUGCCAACCUGGCACAGGGCGAGAGUCUGGCAGCACGUGCUAUCGCCGUUCAGAAGGGCAGUGUGGGUAACCUGCUGGGCUUCCUGGAGGACAGCCUGGCUGCAGCGCAGUUCCAGCAGAGCCAGAGCUCCCUGCUGCACAUGCAGGGUGCCCCGUUUGAGCCCACCAGCGUGGACAUGAUGCGGCGGGCGGCACGUGCCCUACUUGCCAUGGCCCGAGUGGAGGAGAACCACUCAGAAUUCACGCUGUAUGAGUCACGGCUGCUGGACCUCUCUGUGUCCCCCCUCAUGAACUCGCUGGUGUCCCACGUGAUCUGUGACGUACUCUUUCUGAUCGGCCAAUCAUGACAGCUGUGGGGCAUGGUGGCUCCGCCUCCCCUGACCUUUGUUCCAGCCCCCUGCCCGUGUUUCUUUGUGUGUCUGUUGUGUGUGAGUGGAGAAAACGUAGAGUGAAACUGACAGUUUUUGUCCUGUUUUUUAUUUAUGCAAAAACACCUCGGAUUCCACUGUCUGGACCCUCUCACCCCCCACCCCCGCCCCACACCUUGCUAAAGGAAGGAUAUCAUGAAGUAGGCGUGGACGUUUUAUCAGAUGUUCGAGAAACGGGCAAAAGUGGCAGAAUUUGAUGCUGGUAAACCAGCCGGAACCCUGGCCCAGGAGAGUGUGCUGCCCAGUGGGAAGGACCUUUUUAAUAGAAAAAUAAAUAAAUGAAAAAUACAAAAAACAAAACUGUAACCAAAGUUGCUGUAUCGUUUACAGUGAGUUUGGGGGAUAACUGUGCCCUAGCUCUCCCUGGGGGGCGUGAUCAGUACAAUUUUAUGGUUGAUAUUUGGAGGCUUAACAGACUUCUGGACUUUCUUGUGGUAUAAUUGCUGUAACUUGGAUGCUAUAUAUUCUGCCCUACAGGAACCAGGUUAUCGGCUGUGAACAGACGUCUGUGCAGUAGAUUGUAGGACUUUUUUCUGUACUGUACACGUUAAAAAAAUACAA